UGAUUUCAAAAUGAGUUAUUCUACAAGCCCAAGUUAUGACAUUCUUGAUUUCCAAAUGUGGACUUGAAGAUAUUAGAAAAAAGAUCUACCUGUCUUUUCAAUAUCCACAUCCUUCUAAGAUUCUGAAAAAGAUGCACAUCACCUGUUACAGUCAGUCAUUGUCUUCCUGUCCUUCAAUGGAACAUGCCUUUUCAUGAUGUAGCAAGUAGAACAUAUAAACAUAUUGAAAACUGAUACAAUGAUCCUUCUCAAGCUUGUUAUAACAAAUACAUGCAAGAGGACAGCAAAUAUAAAGAUGAAAUUCUAAAAUAUUAAGUGAAUAUUCAUGUAGGUGUAGGUGAAUUUAGUUUAGUUAGAGUCAUUAGUGGCUUGUAAGAGUAAAUAAUCAUGAGUAAUUGCAUAUAAGGUUCAUCACUAGUUUAAUAAGUGGUUUUUAAUCUCCUUUAAUCUCCUGCAGAACUUAAUGAGUUCCUAUCUAAUAGAGAAUGUUUUAAAUUUUAGACAGAGCUUAAGUUCUUAAAACAGCAAUAUUUGGCUUUUUCUUCAAAUAAAUGCAUUUAGUCUGCUGCUGAACGCUCAAUUAAGUAUACUGUCCCUUGCCUCCAAUUAAAGCAAGUUUGAACUUGGAAAAGCUUGCAUUUGCUUCCAGUAGAAGACUCUGGUAUCCAAAUAAGAGCAUUGGACAAGCGUAGGAACUAUGGCCCUGUUGUACCGUUUCUCCCGCCUCAAUGACCGCUCCAACACAGGUGUAUUUACAUUCAUUGUUACACGGUCGGUAACGCGCGAUGUACACCGCGACGCCACGACCAAAGAUUUUGUGUUCGGCUAUCACCGUUGGGCCGUCUCCUUCACCCGGACAGAAAAGGUCCUGGGCGUAUACCUGAUCUUGAGGAACCCGUCAGAGUGCACCAAGUGUUAUGUGGACUAUACCUUCACGAUUCUGAACAGGGAACACUUCUCGAAGAAUGAGGUCUAUCCCCAGAAGCAGAUCUGUUUCAGCGUGGAGGAGCCCGCCCAUGGCACAAGCAAGUGGAUGCUCAUGAGCGAACUUAAAUCGCGAAAGUUCACAGACGAGAACUGGGAAUUUCUGAUGGAGUUGUCUGUCAGUAACGCCAUGACCGUCUUCGAGGGGAUCGUGAAAAUUCCGCAUGUAUUGCACUCGGCUAGUGGCCAGAAGAACCGGGUGAAGCUAGAGACUUCUUAUUUCACGUUCGGAAAUUUUGAAUGGAAUGUGUCUAUCCUGCCCCAAGGUGACGAGUUGGACACAAGUACGCGACCACGUGUCCUUCUAAACCGAUUGACAGGUUUCGACCACCAGUGCCGUGUCAUGUACCGUGUCGUCCUGGGUGAGGGCGAUCGAAAGAUUGACUCUGGCAUCUUGGACCAAAUAUCGGAUAUGAGCGGACGAAUAAGAGGUUUCUCUCUUCGAUGCCAAAUACCAGAUAUCGUCCGGAGAACAGCACUCAGAGUUUAUACAGAAAUGAUUUGCGCCAACACUAUCAGCGAAGCCAAAGUACCCACCACACGCGAUCCCAAUUCUACUGCUAAUUGUUACGACCGAGAUAAACAGGGUUGGUGCGUUGAAGCAGAUAUGGAGUGCGAGUUCCUGAGGCUGAAGCUCUUCUACUCGGAUCUCCACAACGUACCAAGGAACCACUUACGGUCGGUUUCGUGGAACGCUUACGUCAUUCGCGACCAUCCCAGCACGGGGACCAAGGAGAGUGUGAUUGUGAUGAAUGCCCCUCACAACAGUUACUAUGUGCAAGAUGGAGUGGAUAUGGGCGUCAUUAUGGAGACCAACAUACCCGUUAGACAAGUCCGGGAAAUGAAUAGUGCCUAUCUAGAGAAUAACACGCACCUGACGAUUCACAUUGAAUGGCUGGAAUCUAUGCUCCUUUUCAGCGCCCUCUAUCACAAAUAUGAUGACGUUUGUCGAAUACAUGGCCAUCAGAUGAAGCGUGAAAUCACUGCUCUCCAGUUAGAGAACUACAGCUUAGAAAGGCAGCUCUUGAGUUACCAGAAAUCCUUGGCUGUAUCCCAUUCCAGAACCCAACAUUCCGAAGACAUAGAGGAUGAAUAUUAUAAUGAUGACUACGAUAGAAGUUUAUCAAAGGACCAAAGCUUUUCUGAGCCGGAAUACGUUUGAAAGGAAAUGCUACUUGGGACUGGUCUCAUUCCUUUUCCAAGCACAAGAUGAUAGUUAGAAAAUGAAGUUGACUCGAAAACAGGACAUAAGUGCUCUAAGCCGCACACAUUGACGAGAAGUGUAGAAUUAAUUCAUGCGGUUUUCUUGCUAGCCUUCAUAAGUUUGCAUAUAGAGUGAGUUUUCUUUGAAAAUCAAAAUGUUUAUUACACAAAGCAGAAUAUUAUGUAUAUUUAUAUAUGCUUUGCAUUUCUUUAUAUCAAACUUAUUCAUGUGCCAUUAAUGAAACCUGUUUACGUCAGCCAUACAGGAUUUUAUACUAAGGAAAAUUUAUGUAAUCUUUUAAAGUAAGCUAUAAAAAUUAUUUAGUUAUAUAUUCGAAUCUUUUAAGUAAAUAUAUAAGCAGCAAAGUAAAGAACACGGAAAUCUUAGGAUUUGUUUCUUUUCCCCACGUCUUAGACGAGAAGAAAGAAACUGAUCCUAUGAUCUAUGCAUUUGAUAAAUUUCCUGUCCUUAAAAUGGACCAAAUUUAUCCAAGCCUUCAGUGAACAUAAUGAAAACAUAUGAAGCAGAUACUAUACAGGUCGCCAUGGACUUACUAAAAAUGUAUCAUUUAAUACGGAAAAUUAAGAGAUGCAUUUGGAGUUUAGUUAAACUGUAAUGAUGGCUAACUUCCCAGGUUUCAUGUUUUACAUAUAUUUAAAAAACAAAUUGAGGGCUGUUCAUUUAUAAUUAUUUUCUAAAUUGUUUUUUUCGUUCUUUAGAAUUUCUGUGAAGGCGUUUCGCAAAUUUUCUUUUAUUAUUCAUUUCUGUAACCAAAUGCAAUAUUUGUCCUGUUUGGACAAAAACAGCAAAUGCUUGGUUUUUACGACUAUUAAUAGAAUAAUAGUGUCAUAUAACUUUUACUCGCUUAUCCGUGAUGGCAAACCUGCAUGGAAAUGAGCAUGAAAAUUCAAACCAUUGUAGCUUCUUGCUCGUUACAGCUGCAUUCUUGUUUCCUGUAUAAACUAGGUCGAUUAUAUUAAAUUUUUUUGAAAACUCCUUCUUCCUUACCAGUUUGUUGUAUCAUUUCUUUCUAAUAAAACUGGCCUAAGUUUAAUAUAUUAGACAAUAUGUAAAUGGCUUUGCCUUCACAUAUUGGCGAGUGGCAGAUAUUUCGUCAUCAGAUUUUGCAACUGAAGUUAUAUCUAUAACCUAUUUUGAGUAAAAUAUUGUAAUUUUAAACUGUCCAUAUUUGGCUUGUUUAUGAGAAAGGGUAUAUCUUUAAACAGUAUGGUAUGUAAAAUUUGCAUUUAUUAAGAAUUGUAACAAAUUUUUAUUAUUUAUCAAAACUAACUAUGUAUAUAAAACAUUUUAUAAUAAAGUUUGUAUUGCAGCUCAAUGCACAUGAAAAAUAGUAUGAUAUCAAUGUAUUUCAUAUUAAAAUAACAUAUUCUUUGUUUAUUUUGAUGAAAAUUGUUAUAUAAAUUGCUGAUAAUUGCUGAUAAUGAAGGAAUAUAUAAAGUA